AGUGAGACGUCUUUGCUGCUGUUCCGGUUCAGGUGUGACGAUGAAGUGACCCACCUGGCCAGAUCUGAGAAAACCCGGCAAAGUUCCUAUCAGUUCAGGAAGCAACUGUAAUUCUUCACCAAUUAAGCCGAAUUUUAAAGCUCCUCGGGCAUGGAUAAAUUAAAGUCGGUUCUGAGCGGUGAGGAGGCGCGCAGAGAUGACCGGAACAUUAUACAGCAAAUGAACCAAGCUUCGACUUUAGGCUGGGGCACACGUAUAAAGGGAUUCAUCGCCUGCUUCGUGGUGGGAGCUGCAUGCACAGUUCUGGGAGUGUGUGUGCUCUUCCUCCCCAAGAUUGGGAUCACUCUCUUUAUUGUCUUUUACACAUUUGGCAACAUAUGUGCUCUGUGCAGCACAAUGUUUCUGAUGGGCCCAAUGAAUCAGCUGAAAAGGAUGUGUGACAAAACAAGAGCGCUGGCUACUACCCUUAUGUUGACUUGUCUCGUUCUGACUCUCUGUGCGGCUUUCUGGUGGAAGAACUUUGGACUUGCUUUGUUGUUUGUUAUCUUGCAAGUCUUGUCAUUUACCUGGUACAGCUUGUCAUACAUCCCAUGUGUGAGAGAAGCAAUCAUGAGGAUGCUGGCCAUGUGCAUGAAAUAGGCCAUGUGUGUUUGCGGUGAAGGUUCAGCUUGGAUGAAGUGUUGAAGAAUGGGGCAGGUCUCUUACUGAAGUUGCUAAAAUUGGCUCCUUUAGAGAGUCUCUGGCCCUUCCUGCUGCUCAGACAUUUGUUUAUAGGUGAAAAAGAAGCAAAUUUUCUAUUUAUCUUUCUCAGUUGUGUGCUUCAUUGAUUGA